AUGGAGUCCGAAGCCUCGCUGUCCCCCACGCUCUCCCGCUCCAUCAAGGAGGAGCUGCUCUGCGCCGUCUGCUACGACCCCUUCCGGGAUGCCGUGACGCUGCGCUGCGGCCACAACUUCUGCCGCGAGUGCGUGACCCGCUGCUGGGAGGUGCAGACGACGCCCACCUGCCCGGUGUGCAAGGACCGGGUGGCGCCCGCCGACCUGCGCACCAACCACACCCUCAACAACCUGGUGGAGAAGCUGCUGCGCGAGGAUGGCGAGGGCGGGCGCUAUGGAGGCCAGCGCUCCCCGCGCUUCUGCCGCACGCACCGCGGCCAGCUCACCCUCUUCUGCAUCGAGGACAAGGAGCUGCUGUGCUGCUCGUGCCAGGCCGACCCCCGGCACCUGGGGCACCGCGUGCAGGCGGUGAAGGACACUGCCCACGACUUUCGGGCCAAGUGCAGGAACAUGGAGCACUCGCUGCGGGAGAAAGCAAAGGCCUUCUGGGCCAUGCGGCGCUCUUAUGAGGCCAUCGCCAAGCACAAUCAGGUGGAGGCUACCUGGCUGGAAAGGAGAAUCCGGCAGGAGUUUGAAAAGCUUCGGGAGUUUUUAAGAGGGGAGGAGCAGGCCAUCCUGGAUGUCAUGGCCGAGGAGGCGAGGCAGAAGCAGCAUCUGGUGGAGGAGAAGAUGAAGCAGCUCAAGAAAGACACAGAGACUCUAGCUCAUGAGAUUGAGCGGCUGCAGAUGGAGAUGAAGGAAGAUGAUAUUUCUUUUCUCAUGAAACACAAGAGCCGAAAACGCCGCCUCUUCUGCACCAUGGAGCCAGAGCCUGUGCAGCCUGGCAUGCUGAUCAACGUUUGCAAGUACCUAGACUCCCUGCAGUACCGUGUCUGGAAGAAGAUGGUCAUGUCUGUUGAAACUGUGCCCUUCAGCUUUGACCCCAACACCGCGGCCGGCUGGCUGGCCGUGUCCGAGGACCUCACCAGCGUCACCAACCAUGGCUACCGGGUGCAGGUGGAGAACCCGGAGCGCUUCUCCUCGGCGCCCUGCCUGCUGGGCUCCCGCUCCUACUCCCACGGCUCCCACGCCUGGGAGGUGGACCUGGGCGGGCUGCCCAGCUGGCGGGUGGGCGUGGUGCGCAUGUGCCUAGAAACUGGCCCCGAGGGCUACUCCCACAGCUGCUACCAGGACACGCGCUCCGGUUUCUGGUACCUGUGCCGCACGCAGGGCGUGGAGGGCGACCACUGCGUGACCUCCGACCCGGCCACGUCGCCCCUGGUCCCCUCCAUCCCACGCCGCCUGCGCGUGGAGCUGGAAUGCGAGGAGGGCGAGCUGUCCUUCUACGAUGCCGAGCGCCAGUGCCACCUCUACACCUUCCACGCCCGCUUUGGGGAGGUGCGGCCCUACUUCUACCUGGGGGGCACGCGGGGCAACGGGCCCCCCGAGCCCCUGCGCAUCUGCCCCCUGCGCAUCACUGUCAAGAAGGAGCUGGACACCUGA